GGAAUUAAAAUUGCAGUGCACAAGUCAAGAGAAGAACUUUCAGAAACUGUCUGACAUUUCAAAGGGGCUACUCAAGAGCUGCACCCAAGACAGGGUCACUGCCAUGCUGGAGACCCUGAAGCAGAUCAAAGCUAGGCUGACAAAGAUCCAGGAAAAGACAAAUGAAGGGCAUGCCAUCACCAGCAAGGUUUUAGCAUCCCUCCAACAAUAUGAAAAAGGCAUGAAAGACCUUGUGAGGUGGAUUGAAGAAGGUGAAGCUUUGAUGAAGCAGGGGCAUAUUAGUGGGAAAAAAGAGGAUGUACAACAGAAAGUUCAGGCUCACUUCUCCAAGCUUCCCCACAAUCAAAAAGUACUUGAGGAGAAGAAUAAGAUAGUUCAGGAAACAAUACAACUUAAUAUUGACUACAUGGAUGCCAGUCCACUAGAAAGCAAUAUCUCUGAGUUGAACAGACGUUUUCAAAUAUUAAGCCAGAGUGCCCCCAAAAUGAUGGACAAGCUCUCCAGUGAGGUUAGCUCUAUGCAAAACUUUAAAGAAAAGGCUUCAGACCUAACAAAUUGGCUGAGGGAAGCUGAACAGAGACUGGAUGAGCAAUCUGACGAUCCUAUCGAAGCCAUUAAAGGUCAUAAGGAAUUAUUUGGUGACCAUUCAAAUAGAUUGCAAGAGUUUGUAGCAGCCAGUGAAGAACUUUUACAGUCGAUACCUGAGAAGGACAGGAAACCACUGCAACAGAAGAUCAAGCUUUUGCAAAACAAGUACAAGGAGACAAUAGACAAAGGUCCUAUGAAGUUGUGCAAACUUGAGUUCCAGUUGGCAGAAAGUGAAUUGAAACAUAAUGUAGAUGAUUCUAAGAAUGAAUUGGAUUCUGAAACACUCGCUCUGAACUCCAAGCAAGAACCAGAACACAUCUUAGGAAUGCACAAGGAGUUUUUCCAUGAGAGUAAGCUGAUCCCAUACAGCCUAGAUUGUCUGCAAGAGAUGGAAAGUUGUGUAAACAAGAUGGCUACUCUUGAUCCUCAAGACAAAUCCUUGGCAGAAGCAUUGAAUAAGUCACAGUUGGAAUGGCAACAAACAUUUGAUGACAUUCAAGUAAUGCAAUGUAAACUUGUUGAACUACUUGAGAAAUGGAAGGAAUAUAACGAUAGCCUAAAUGCUGUUAAAGAAUGGACAGACAUGACAAAUAGAACAGCAGAUGAACUUCUAAAAACAUCUGAUCCUCGAAGGUUUGAAGAACUUCAGAGAGAAUUAGAGGAACUUCAAAAUAAUGCACCAGAAAUAUCCCAAAAGUUUCAUCAAGCACAAGAAACAAUUGGGGAUCUUGCUGCAGACAGCACAACAGGAACAGCACAAUCCCAACAGCAAAUUCUUGGACAACUUGCCAAAAAUCAGCAGCAGCUGCAAUCCAAACUAAGUGAUAUCCCUACUGAGGUUGCCAGGAAGUCAAAGAAAUUUGAACAACAGGCAAAAGCAAAGAAUGCAUGGAACUGGUUGCAGGAAAAACAAAAAGACUUAUCUGAGAAACCAUCUUGGGGAGAUUUACCUGUUCUUAAGGAAUUGUUAGCCAAACAGCAGUCUUUGCACCAUGACUUGGAAGAAGCAGUGCCAAUAAUUGAAGAAGAAGUGGUGAGAGCAAGUCAAGAGCAAAGUCUUGAAUCUGUUCUCCCUGAACAGGAAUCAGUAACAAAAACACUUCAAGCAACAAAACAAAAGUCAGCCAAUCAGCUCAAAGAUCUUCAAGAUGCAGUUGAAUUGUGGGAAAAUUAUGAAAAAGAGAAGUCUGCAUUGUUGGCAUCAAUUGAUGAGGUUGAUGAUGCAAUUGAGUCUUCAUUUUCACCUGAGCUUUCUACCUUGGAUGAUAUCAAAACUGCUUGUUCACUGUUACAGAGGUUAAUUCAAAUUCACAAAGAUUUGGAUAGCAAAGAAUCAGAGGUAAAAUCUAUGAAUAAAGAGUUACAGAAAUCAGCCCCGCUUGCUACUAAGUCAUCACUAGAGGGUGACAUUCGCUCCAUUGAUGAGAAAAAUACUUCUACAAGGGGUAAGCUCAACAAAAAAUUGCAGGAACUGGAGAAUUUGGAUAAGAAGUGGUCUGAGUAUUUAGGGAAGAAGGAUGAAUUAGUUGAAUGGCAGACCAAGGUUGAGAAGCAAAUGGAUGAGAUCACAAGAGAUGAAUCCACUCCUGAUAAAGUCUAUGAUGCUGCCAGAGUGGUAUUUUCCGAGAUUUUUGAUAAAUACAAUGCCUUUGAGGAGCUGGAUGCCUUACUUGAUGAAUUACUGAAAGAUCCAAACAAACCAGAUGUGCAGCUGCUAAAAGAAGGUCUCGAUGCAGCUCAGCAAGACUGGCAAAGGUUAUGCGCAGCUGCAAAGGCUCUCGGUGAUAGUCUUGAUGCAAAAGUUAAACAUUGGCAGGCAUAUCAAAAUGCAAAGCAACAACUUCUACCUUGGAUUAAAUUCACCAACAAAAAACUGGAUGCAGAGCCAACUGUUGACUCACUUAAAGAUGCUGAAAAAAGAGUUGCAAAUUUUGAUGUUAUUUGCGAAGAAAUUCCAGACAAUCAAAGUCUACUUGACCAGGUGAUUGAAGAAGCUGCUGCUUUACCUAAAGAACAUACUGCAGGCCUAUCCCAGCUGCUGCAUGAUUGGGAGACAGUAGUUGGCAGGGUGCAAGAGAAAAAGCUAGAUGCCAUUAAAGCAGCUGAGGCAUGGCAAGAGUAUGAGUCUGGGAGUAAUGAUAUGCUAGAGCUCUUUGCUGAGGUUGAACAGUCUCUGGUGACACCCAUCGAAGAGUCUGAAGGAACACCUGUCGAUGCAGUAGAUGGUGGAGAACCUAGUACACAGAUAUCUCAAUUGCAGAAAAUUUCAGAACGAUGGGAAAGCAAGAAACCUUCUUUUGAAACUGUUCUUGAUGCCAAUCAGAAAAUACUAUUAUUCAGUGCUCCUAUGGUAAGCAAGAAAAUUGCGGGAGAUGGAAUCCAGCUUAAAAGGAAGUGGGAGAAACUGGAAGGGUGUCUGGAGCAGUGUACAGACUUUGAAAGAUCUUGUUUUGACUUUGAGAAGUGGUUGCAAGACAUGGAGAGUGCACUUGACAAUGAGAAAUCAUCUCUGGAUAAUCUGAAGGAGAAGGAAGAUAGACUGCAAAAAUUACAGGAUCUGCAGAAGUCUGUCACAACCUUUGAACCUUUUGUACAAAGUAUUCAAGUUAAAGCUGAGAUGGUUACAAACAGUUGCUCAUACGCUGGUGCUAGACCCAAGAAAACUAAACUUAUCCAGAGGUUUAACUCAAUCACAACACAGCUUAAGGAGUGUCAUGAUUCUACUCAGAGUGAUGUUAAUGAUCAUCAGGAUUUUGAUAACAGUGUUCAGUCCUUUCAAGACAUUCUUGAGAAAAUCAAGGGAAUUUAUGAAAACAAUUGUAGUCCUACCGGUGAUGUGAAGGAAUGCCGGAAUAAGUUACAAGCCAUUCAAAAUUGCUUAGCACAAAAAAAUAGCAUACAAGACCAAGUUAGUGAUGUAAUUGACAAACUUCAGAAAGUUCUACCACACACCAGUCCAAAUGGGAGAGGAGUAUUACAACAGCAAGUACACACCCCUAAAAGAGAAUGGGAGAGUUGUAUUGGCAAGUUACUAGAGGCAGAAACCAUAUUAAAAGAUAGUGUACAAAGAUGGUGUGAGUUUGAGAAAAAGUUGGGUUCCCAAAAAACAGUGAUGAAAGAAAUUGAAUUUAAACUUGACGAUUUUUGUAAGUUGAAGUGUACUCUCCAAGAAAAGGAAGAACAAGUCAAAGCAUUGAAGGCUGUGUCCAGUGACAUUGAAGACCAUGCACAGAUGAUAUCUGACCUUAAAGAACUUGGUGAGGUCAUUAAUAUUGAUAAUGAACCAGUGGUGAUGAAUAAUGUUUCAUCAGAACUCCAAAUGCUUCAAGAAGAAUAUGAUGACUUGAAAAGCAAAGUUAAGAGUCUUUUGAAUGAUGGAACAAAGAACUUAAAAAUUCAUGAACAUUAUGAGGACACAUUUAGAAGGAUUUGCAAUCUUGUUGAUGAACUGAAUGAAGCUUUUGCAGAUUACAAAGAUCUUAAUGGUGACAAGGAAACAAUUCAACAUAAAUUAAACAAAAUUCAGGAUUUACUGAAAGAAAAAACUAAAAUGGACCCACUGUUAGAUGAGCUACAAGAGGCCAGUGAGUCUACAAUUAUCAGCACCGCUAGCCAAGCAAGGCCAGCCAUACAAGAAGACACUACUGGUGCUGUGGAAGAUUGCCAGAGCCUUCAGGCCCAGCUGAUGGAGGCUGAACAAGUAUUUGAGGAGCACAUUUCAGCCUGGGUAGAUUAUGAAAAGGUGCUUGAUACCUUAACACAAUGGAUUGCAGAGGCUACUGCUGAUCUAGAGGCUAUAGUUCAACCACAAGGUGACCUGAAGGAGAAAGAAGCAACAUAUGAAAAAUGCAAGUUGUUAGAAGAAACUAUUGCUGACAAAGGCCAACAUGUGGAACAGUGUUGUCAACUUGGUGAAGUUGUUGUGAAAGCAAACUCUGGAAGCAUUGAUGUGCCAAGUCAAGUUGAAGAGCUGAAAACCAAUUAUGAGACCCUACUUAACAAGUCCAAGGUUGGUGUUCGACAACUGCAGGAGAACUUUGCCAACUUCCAGGUAUUCUUGACAUCCUCUGAGGAGUUUACACGAUGGUUAGACAGAGCUAAAGAAGAACUAAGUGAGCACAGUAGCACAACUGGAGAGAACAGACUCAUUGAAGGCAGGCUGGCGAAAAUAAAAUCAUUGUUAGAUGAGAGAGAGGAAGGACAAACUCUUCUCAAUGUCACAGAGGGCAGGCUUCACACCAUUUUGUCACAGACAUCGCCAGAUGGACGAAGCAGCUCAAAGCAGUCUGUUCAGACCCUGAAAGAUAAUUGGCAAGAAUACCUCACUCAGCUAAGCCAGACACACAGCAUCCUAGAGGGCUGUCUAAUGAGCUGGAAGAACUAUAAACAGUGCCUAGCUCAAGUUGAAGCUUGGCUUGAUGAAAUGAAUGAAAAGCUUACUGAGGCUGAGAAAGACCAACAAAAGGUUGACUUGAAUGCCAAAAGAGACUUCCUUGGAAAAUGCAAAGCUUUGCAAGAAGACAUUUCAUCUUUUAUCAAUGUAAUUUCUUUAACUGAAAAAGCAGAGAAGCUUGAGCACUCAGGCAGUGGAGAUAACAUAACUGUUGAACUCAAAGAAGUAUCCAACCGAUAUGAAGAAACAGUGACAAGAGCUCAGGAACUUGUGACAAGAGGUGAGGAAAAUGUUGCCAUUCAUCAGUUGUUUUUGGAUGCUUGCCAAGAAUUCAGUGAUUGGUUAAAUGAAGUAAACCAGAAGUUGCAACACUGUGGAGUAUGUACAGGAUCUGCAGAGGUUAAUGCAGACAACCUAGUAUCAGUAAAGGACACUAUUGGAAGAAAACCAGAAGGUGAGGCUAAACUCGAAAAAUUGAAGAAGCAUGGAGAGGAAACUAUGUCAGAAACAGCUGAUGCAGGCAAACAGCUCAUUCUUGAACAGAUGCACACUGCUGAGAAAGAGCUUGAGACAUUUGUCCAGUAUUCCAAUGAAUCCCAGCACCAAUUGAAGGAUUGGAUGGCACAGUGGGAGAAGUAUAAUGAUGCUUUUGAAGCAAUGUCAAGGUGGCUGGAGGAUAUGGAUGAUAGUCUGAAAUGGGCUGGCAUUUUACAGGAUGCACUUGAAGGCAAAAGACAACAAUUUGAUAAAUAUCAGGCUGUUGAAGAUGAGAUCAUUGAUCAAGAGAAUGAAUUCUCCCAGGUGGAAGCUGAAGCACAAACCCUUGUGCAACUCACAAACAGUACUUCUACGUUUAUAACUGAUGUUAGUCAACUACUAAAAAAAUAUGAUGCUCUCCAAGAAAAAGUCAAACUAUGCCUGGAUGAGUUAGAGGGUGCAGUUUCAGAUCAUCAAGUGUUUGAGGAGCACCUUCAGGAUUACAGCGAUUGGUUUCAAGAUGCAGCAUCAACUCUUGACAAGUGUGGCAAUGUUAAAGGUCCAAAGGAAACAGUUCUCCAAAAAGCAGCCAAGAUCAAGACUUUAUCAGAACAAAAAAAUGAUGGAGAAGAGAAACUGAAUGAAAUUAUCAUUCAGGCUGACAAAGUUCUAAGAAGAACAUCAGCUGCAGGGAGAGACACCAUCCAGCAUGAGCUUGGAGAAUUGCAGGUGGAGUGGGCAGGCUUGGUUGCUUCACUAACCCAAGCAAGUGACCUUCUUGAUAGAGCUCUUAAGCUGUGGUCUAAACUCGACAGGGACUGCGAUGAUAUGGAGGCCUGGAUAAGAGAAAUGGAACAGAAAAUAAAAACAGCUCAAGAUUUACAAAGCACUGUCAAAGAUAAAAUGAACAAGAGUAAAUCUGUCACGAAACUAAUGGAUGAAGUUGAGGCAGUCAAACCAGAUAUAAAACUAUUGAGUGACCAACCAGUGCAAUUUGAAAGCAUAGGUGUUGAUGACCCAGAGGUGAACAAUAGAGUCAAAGAGCUCAUUGAAGCAUAUCAGAAACUUUUUCAGUUGGCAGAGAGUACAUCAAGAAAACUGCAAAGCUGUGUUAAUGAACACAUGAAAUACGAUGAAAUGGUGCAAGAUGCAACAAGCUGGAUAAAGAAGACUAGGCAGCAGGCAACACUUUGCUCAACUGCUGCAGGUGAUAAGAACACCAGUCACGAAAAAUUAGAUAAGAUCCAGGAACUUCUUGAUAGUCUAUCAGAUGGACAGAGUAAAAUCCAUCAGAUUACAGAACAAGCUGAAGUGGUUCUACCAGAGACUGGGUUCACUGGUAAAGAUCUCUUACUUCAAGAAGUACAGGCUAUAACUAAAGAAUUCGAAAUUCUCAAACAAGACCUAGAAAAAAUUAAUGAAAGGAUCCUUGACAGUGCUAACCAAUGGAAGGAAUUUGGUGAGGUAUUCGCAGACUUCGAAAAAUGGUUGGUAAAAGCUGAUGAGACUAUUCAGGAUUUAAUUAAACCACAAGAUGAUCUUGAAGGCAAGAAGAACAGUCAAGAUAGAGUCCAGACACUGUCUGAAGAUGUUGAGCAUCACACCUCAGUGAAAGAUGAGUUAGUAAAGAAGGCAGAAGGUCUGAUAGAGAGCAAUCCAGGAGCAGUUGCCAUGGGUAGUGAAGCAAUGAAGCUGGCCAACCAAUUUCAAUCACUCCAACUCAAACUAAAGGAAGCAAAGAGGAAGAUUGAGAAGAAUUUCACAGACCACAGACAGUAUUCUAUCAGUCUUGAUGAGUUCUUAUCAUGGCAUUCUCAAACAGCUCAGAAACUGCAAGAAUGUAGUACAUGCCAAGGUUCAAGAAAUGAAGUUGUACAACGAUUCCACAUUGUACAGGAUAUAUUGUCAACAAGGCACAAAGGCCAAUCAUUGUUGAAUGCUGUUACCGCCAAAGGGGAGCGCAUAUUGCCCCAUUCAUCUGAUGCUGGCAAGAUUAAGAUACAGACAGAACUAGAUACUUGCAAACAACAGUAUAAUGAUGCCAUUGAUGAAUGUAGCAAGUUGAAGAAAGAAUUGGAACAUGCCACCCAGUUGUGGAAUACAUAUCUGUCGUGCAAGGAGAAACUUGAGAGUUGGAUGGUGGAUGUGGAUAAGCAGGUAGAAUGCCUUAAAGAACUCAAAUCCACCAUUGCAGAAAAGAAAGUUAAGCAAGAUAGAACAAAGGUGCUACAAAAUGAAGCUGCAAGCCACAAGAAAGACCAUCAUUCUGUCAGACAGGCAUCCGAGCAGCUAGUUCAACUCAAUCCAGAUGACAGUGUCCUAAGUGAAGAAGUUUCAUAUCUUGGACAGAAAUACCAGCAACUCUUGGAUGCCUUGAAGGAUCUUUGUGAGAAUGCAGUAGAGGCUGUCAAAGAUCAUCAAAAGUACCAAAAGGAACUGCAAGACCUUAAUGAUUGGCUAAAGGAUGCUAGGCAGAAAGUCACAAUGGUCUCUGACACAAGUGGUAAAAAGCAAGUGAUAUAUGACAAAUUAGCAGCUGCAAAGGAGCUCCUUGACCUUAUGGACCAAGGCAAACAACUCCUUGAUAAUGUCACUGGCAUUAGUGAAACUGUGCUUCUCAACACUGCUGAUAUUGGACAGAUUACCAUUCUAAACCAACUGGACAAAGCCAAACAGGACUACAACAGUCUUCUAAAUGUUCUUAAUACUAGCAAGGCAAAACUGGAGAACUGUGCAGAGCAGUGGGACAGCUAUGAUACAAGCAAGGCUGAGUUGCUUACUUGGAUGGAAUCCUAUGAGGACGAACUUGCUAAAGGAGUUAAGCCUCAGACUGAGUUUCAGCAAAAAGCAUCUCAGAAGCAAAAAUUUAAGGAGGUUCAAGAAAGCAUUGUUGCUAAGCAAGUAUCAUUUGAGACCUUGAGCAGCCAAGCUCAGUCCCUUCUGGAGACAAGUGCUGGUAAUGUUGGUGUUGCCAGUGAUGCAACAAGAAUGACAACAAGAUUUCAGAAACUAGUUAUGAAAGCCAAGGAAGCAGUAAGAAAGUCAGAACAAGAUACUCAGAACCAUGAGCAGUACCAGAAUGCAUUGCAAGAGUUCAAUGACUAUAUGGAUGCAGCUGAAAUGAGUUUGAACCAGAACAGCAAUGUUAUUGGGGAUAAAAACACCUGUGAAACAAGACUGAACAACCUCUUGGAUUUGUCCAAGGAUAAGAAGAAAGGGUCAAGUUUGCUUUCAGCAGUUGUGUCCAUUUCUGAGAAGGUUCUUUCAGCUACAGAGCCUUCUGGGCAACAGGCUAUUGCAGAUGAGGUCCAUGCAUGCAAGCAGCAUUUUAAAGGCUACAAAACGAAGCUGGAUGAAAGCAAAAUGGUUGUUGAAGAUUGUCUUGCUGAAUGGCAUCACUUUGAAGAAUUACAGAAUGAAGUUCUUCUGUGGAUUGAUACUACUGAAGAAUAUUUCAGCGAAGAACCAAAGCUGAAGUGUAGUUUGACUGAAAAAGAAGAACAACUUGAGAACUGUGAGGAGAGGCUGGAGAGUGUUGUUACACAUGAAGCUGCUGUAAAAAAGUUGUCAGUCACUUGUGAGAGGUUAUGUCACAUGACUGGGGAAGUCGCUGUGAAGGAUACUGUAGGCACCACCAGUGCUAGGUAUCACCGAUUGGCAGAAGUGGCAAAGGCUCAUUGUGAUAUAUUAAAGAAAAGAGUUGUUGAACAUCAAGAUUUUAACAAAGCAUUGAUAAUGACAAACAACUGGCUGCAGGAACACCAGAGAAAACUUCUAGAAUGUUCUUGCUUAGAUGGUGACAUUGAGGCUGUACAAACUAGACUUGACCAUCUCCAGCAUGUGAUUGAUGAAUUAUCUCAAGGUAUUUCAAACUUAGACCAAAGUGAAAAACUUGCAGAAACUGUCAUUCCAUCAACACUCCCAGCUGGCUGCAAAGAAAUUGAAGGUAAACUUGGAGAAUCUAGACAUGAACUGGAAAUGCUAGAAGCAAAUGCUGAGGAGCUGAAGAACAAAUUAGAGAUAUGUCGACAGCAGUGGCAAGAGUUCCUAGUGUGUGUCAACAACUUGGGAGCUUGGUUGUCAAACGUUGAAUCCAUGACAUCAAGUGAACAUCAGUUGAAUAAAGAUUUGGAGGAAAAAGUAGAAAAAGAGAUGGUUUGCAAGGAACUUCUUGAUGAUGUUGUAAGUCACGAAGAGGCUCUUGCAGAAGCUUUUGAGAAAUCAAAACCUCUCUUGGACACUAGUGAUGCUGAUGCUUCCAUCAAUGGUCAACUUGAUGAAGUCUCCACCAGAUAUCACAUGAUCAAAGAAAAAGCUAAGGAAAUGUUGGAGAAUUCACAAAAGGUUGUUGAAGAUCACAAGACCUACAAUCAGUCCUUAAAUGAGUUUAAUGAAAGUUUGAAUGAAGCAGAGAAAAAGAUUAAACUGCAAUAUCAUCUUGAGGGUAGCAAACAAGAUGUGGAUGCAAGACACCAAGUUGUUAAAGAUAUUUGCAAGCAAUUGCCAGAAAAUGAGUCCAAAUUAAUUGCAUGUUCAACAAAGUACAAAGGAGUUUUACAACAGACCAGUGAUGAGGGUCAGUUGCUUCUAACCAGUCAAAUGAAAGAUCUCCAGCAACGUUCCAGCAAGCAUGCUGUGAUGGCAGCUGAAGGCAAUGAUGGCCUAGCUAAACGGGCUGAGCAAUGGAUGCUGUUUGAAGACAAGGCUGAGGACUUUAAAUGUUGGUUGACCAAUGUGGAAAAGUUUCUGGCUGAUGAACCAGAGAAAUUAGUUAGCUUGGAUGAGAAGAAACAACAAUAUGAAAAAUAUGCUGGUAUUGCACAUGAAAUUGAAAACCAUAAAUCUCAACUUUACCAAGUUGACCAGCUAGCACAGGAACUUCUCACAUUAGAUACUGGCAGUACAGAUGUCAAAGGUCAGCUGCAAGGUCUACAACACCGAUAUGAGGCAUUGACUUUGAAGUCUAAGGAUGUGGCAGAACCAAUGAAGACCAGCAUUGCUGAUCAACAACAAUACCAUGAUGCUUUGAAAGAGGCUGAGUGUGCAGUUCUUCAAAUCUCAAAGAAGCUGACAUCAUGCAAUCCAGUAGCAGAGGGAGGUCUUGAAGCCACACAAGCUCUUGUGGCACAGCAUCAGGGCACUCUCCGCGAACUUGCUGCCUGUGGCGCACAAAUGGAAGACCUACAAUCAAAAGCUAAGAGCUUAGCAUUGUCUGCUAGAGAAACUCCAGAACUUGAGAUCCUGAUGCAAGAGCAGUUAGCUAAACUUGAUCAAACCUUACAAGCUGUUAGUAGAAGUGCUAAUGAGAUUCAGGCAGAACUGCAGGAAUCCAUGCACAAACAACAAGCCUUUGAAGAAGCGGUUAACAAAUGCUAUGAUUGGAUGCAGAGUAUUGACAACGAAAUGCUCAAUCAGCCAAUCACAACCGAGAGUCUUGAUGAUGCACAAAAUCAGCUUGUGACAACACAGGAAAUCCUGGAUAAUGCUGUGUCACAUCAGCAGCUGUUGUCGGCUGCAGAAGACAGGAUUGAAGUGCCGGCAGAUGAAUCGUUUAGUAACACACGAGCCGGUCAAGUGGAACUGCAGUUAAAUGUCCUAAUUGAAACGGCUGAUUUUAGACUGAAAGAAAUGAAUGGUCAGGUGGGACGUUGGCAACAACUGGUCAAGAAACUAGAUGAACUGAAGAAUUGGCUCGCUGACAUGGCAACCAAGAUCAAAGAUGAAGAAUCAAAACCAGUUGACUUGGAAAAGCCUAAGGCACGGCAGGCCAUCCAGCAAUUACAGGAAUUAGUUGGAGUAAUAAAAGGAAAGAAUCCAGAGAUACAGUCUUUGGUAAAUAAAUACCAAAGACUGAGUAGUGUUCCAAAUAAAGAUCUUGAAGAACUGCAAGAAAACAUGAAAAAUCUAGAAGAAUCAGCUUCAGAUUUGAUCAAAUGUCGGAAGGACAACCUAAAGCAGAUUGAGGGUUAUCAUAAAGUCCAGAAUCUUGUGAGGGAUCUCCUUGAGAAAACAACCAAAGAGUUUGAUAUGCUACAGAAAGAGACAAUUGUGUCAACAGCAACUAAGCUUGAAAUGUCAAAGAAAUUAGGCAGUGAUAUAUCCAGACAGCUUCCAAGCCUUGUAAGCUUAGAGUCUGCAACCAAUGAGAUAUCACCAAAGUUAAAGCCACAGGAAGCCACAGCCAUCAAAGAACAUCUCAAAGCAGAGAGUGGGAAAUGGUCAAAGCAUGAUGAGAUGGCUAAACAGCAGACCGCAACACUUGAAGUGCUCUUGAUAGACUACAAAAGCUUCAUAGAGAAAGCUCAGUUCUGCUUAGGCUGGCUUAAAGACGUUGAAAGACAAGUUGCAAGCCCAGCAACUAUUAGCCCUAAGGUUACUGAAGUGGAGUCUGCUGUACAGAGACACAAGGACUUAUGCAAUGAAAUUGAAAGCAAACGAGCCCUAAUGCAAAGUCUGAGGGAAAGAGGUGACAACAUGGUAAAAGGAUUGAGUCAAGGUGAGAAGGCUAAUGUUCAGAGACACAUCCUACAGAUCUCCAGUCAUCUGGAUAUGGUUCAAAGACUUGCUGCCAAGAAGUCGGAGAAGCUUGAUGCCUGCUUACGUCAAAGAAAAGAAUUUUGGCAGAGAUAUAAUGACUGCUACCAACAACUUCAGGAGGAAUCAAAAUCCAUCUCAGAUAUGAUCCCUCCCAAAGUGAUUGUGGAGGAAAUUAUCAAACAAAUCUUUGAAGCAAAGGUUGUUGAUGAGAAUUUGAAGGGACUACAUGAGGAGAUUAUAAAUGUUUGUAGCGAUGGUGGCGCUAUAAUCCAAGACUGCAAGGAUGUCGACAAACAAGAACUGCAGCAGCAGUUAAAAGGUGAGCGCAAACAAUGGAACUACAGCAGAUUAUUUAAACAGUUCUCCUCUAGAUGUUCUUGCCCAACUGCUUCUGUUUUAUCAUGCUCAAAUAGUUACAUCUGGUUUUUGUGA